CCAGCAGCGCCUGCGAUCAUGGCGGACGUGGUUGCGGAUCAGGCAGCGGACCAGAAAGCAGUGCUGAACGGGGAGGUGGAGGACAGAGACGAGGCCGACCCAGUGGAGGAGACAGCCAAGAAGAAGAAGAAAAAGAAGAAGAAGAACAAGUCAGCAACGGCAGGCGCUGAGCCGGAGGCUGAUGGAGUGGCCGACGUGACCAAACAGCUGGAGAAGCAGGCGAUAGAAGACAAAGAGAAGGAGGAGGACGGCGAGGAAGAUGGAGACGACGGAGAAAACUCGGCAGGGAAAAAGAAGAAGAAGAAAAAGAAGAAGAAAGGACCCAAAUCUCAGACUGAUCCCCCGUCUGUGCCCAUCUGUGAGUUAUACCCGAGUGGCACUUUCCCCAUCGGACAGGAGUGUGAAUAUCCGCCCUCACAGGACGGUCGCAGUGCGGCGUGGCGUACGACCCACGAGGAGAAGCGGGUGAUGGAUAAAGCCAACGAGGAGGUGUGGAACGACUUCAGACAGGCAGCCGAGGCCCACAGACAGGUCCGCCAGCACGUCCGCGGCUUCAUGAAACCCGGACUGACCAUGAUUGAAAUCUGCGAGCGGUUGGAGGACUGUUCUCGUAAGCUGAUCAAGGAGAACGGGCUGAACGCCGGCCUGGCUUUCCCCACCGGCUGCUCCCUGAACCAUUGUGCUGCCCACUACACUCCCAACGCCGGAGACACCACCGUCCUGCAGUACGACGACGUCUGCAAGAUCGACUUCGGCACGCACAUUAACGGGCGAAUCAUUGACUGUGCCUUCACCGUCACGUUUAAUCCAAAGUACGACAAGCUGCUGGAGGCUGUGAGAGACGCCACCAAUACUGGAAUCAAAAACGCCGGCAUCGAUGUGCGUCUGUGUGAUGUCGGAGAGGCGAUUCAAGAGGUGAUGGAGUCGUACGAGGUCGAGCUCGAUGGCAAAACAUACCAAGUGAAGCCGAUCCGAAACCUGAACGGCCACUCGAUCGGUCAGUACAGAAUACAUGCAGGCAAGACGGUGCCCAUCGUCAAAGGAGGAGAAGCUACAAGAAUGGAGGAGGGAGAGGUUUACGCCAUCGAGACAUUUGGCAGCACAGGUAAAGGUGUUGUCCACGACGACAUGGAGUGCUCCCACUAUAUGAAAAACUUUGACGUCGGCCACGUCCCAAUCAGGCUUCCCAGAGCGAAGCAUCUGCUGAACGUCGUCAACGAGAACUUCGGCACGUUGGCGUUCUGCCGGCGCUGGCUGGACCGUCUGGGUGAGAGCAAGUACCUGAUGGCCCUGAAGAACCUGUGCGACCUGGGCAUUGUGGACCCCUACCCUCCGCUCUGCGACACCAAGGGCUGCUACACCGCUCAGUUCGAGCACACCAUCCUGCUCAGGCCCACCUGCAAGGAGGUGGUGAGCCGGGGAGACGACUACUGACACCCCAACCCCGCCCACCCUUCAACAGCACCACACCCUCCCCCCGUCACCUCCACCACACAGCACCUCCAGACCCCGUUAGCAAGUCCUGCUUCAGCAGAAAAGAGCUUCUAAAAACAGGACGUGGUCGUCUCAGAGCAGCUUUGAGGGAUGCCAAAUGCUACUGUAUUCUACCCACAAUGCACCACUCACAGCUUGCAAGGAACAAGGACUUGGCUUUCUGAGUUUUCUAUCAUCAACCACAGCUUAAAAAGUAAACAAGCCAACACGUUUCUGUCGGAGGAAGCAUUGUUGUUUCCUCCUGGACCUCAUUUUACACAUUAAAGAGUCAACUGUCACACAGUUAAACAUUAAUUUAAGUUGCCGCUGAAUCUAGUGCAUCCUCAGUAUUCAGAGACGGUGAGCGUGGGAACCCUCCCCCCCCCGUAUCUCCCCUUUCAUUUUCAAAGUUUGUACGGCUCCACUCUGAGCCUCCAGUACUUUAGUGCUCGAGUCAAAUUAAGCA